AUAGCUUGUUCUUCUUGUUACUUAGUUGGGACUUGGUCCAUUGGUAGUGCAUGAGAAGUUGAAACAUGGUGAACCCCAGGAAGAUGCUGAUGUUCCCAAUUCCGAUUUUCAUCUUCUUAGCACUUUCUCUGAGCAUCCUUGGAGAUGAAGUCAUUGACAAACUGAGUAGGCUAUCAAAACCACUAGUGGGAGAUGAUGAACGAAUAUAUACCUGUGCUGGCAAGAAUUUUUUUGCAUUUGAAAGCAACGGCAUUGUUGCAUGGAGAAUUCAGCUUAGUUAUGUUUGCCAUACAGAUAUAGCUCCAGCUUUUGACAGUACUGGAAGGAUCCAUUUGAUUGCUGAAGACAGGGUUCUAACUAUUGUGCCUCCAAAGAACACAACUUCCAAGCCUGUUUCUAAGAUAUUCUUUGGUCCUGGCAUGCCGUUAGGUGUUUCUGGUGAAAUUGUUGGGUUUGCAAUAAGUAUCUGGGCUCCAGCAUUAUUUAUUACCAUAGCAAACAGUGGGAUCUAUGCAUUUAGGCUGGAUGGAACAUCUCUUUGGAGUGCCGGUCCUGCAUUCUAUCAAUCAAUUUAUCCUCAAGCUUGCUGGAACAAUUUAACCACCUGUUCUUUUGCUUUAGGACCAAUUAUUGAUGAGUGCGAAGCAAGUAUCUAUGCUGUGAACUCCGAAGGACAAGUUUACUCCAUCUCCUCCCUGAAGCCUUUUGUCAACUGGGUCCAGGAUUUUGGUGCUAUUGAUAAAAUGAUCUCUCUUACAGCUGGAAAUAAUGGCCUUGUCUACCUUGUCUUCCCUAGAAAAUCCUUGGUGAUGGCGCUUGAUGCUUCUGAAGGCACUGUUUUGUGGAGGGACAAUGUUGGUCCGCUAAGUGUAUAUGCAUGUUCUUUGCUCAUUGACUCCACGGGAUGGGUAUCUAUUGGCUCAUUAGAUGGAUUUGUCUAUUCCUUCUCUCCUACUGGGAUUGUUCACAAGAAUCUAGAAGCCACUGCAGUUGAUUCAGUGAUUCAAGUUGAUCCAGCUCUUGAUUGUGCUGGUCGGUUAGUUUAUGCUGCACAGUUGAAGGUAGCAUCUAAAAGUAGCCACCUAUAUGGUGAUUACAGCACAAUUUCAGUGAGAGGACCCCUAAAUCUCAUUUUCACAUUGUUCGUUCCUGCUACUGGUGCUGUCCAUUGGACAGGGGAAUAUCCUGGGCAAUUGUCCUCAACAUGGUCUAGCAGUUACCUUCGCCACUUUGUUUUGGAUGCAAGGGUUCUUCUUGCUUUUGUAACUGCUGCUAAUUUAAGCAAAUCAUCAUCAUGCCAUACAAGCCAUGAAAAGCUCAGAUGGAGAUGCUCCCACGCAAGGUCCAACUUGCCCCAAAUCACAUACACAAGUGAUGAAAAGAAGAUGUUCAUAUUUUUGGGGUUUCAGUUUGUUGUUUUGAUAGUGCUUGCUGGUUUUCUACGUUUCUGCUGCAUAUUCUGGGGCAAGAAAAAGUUGCGAGAUCAGGACCUCAACAGAUUUCUCAGUAAGAGGCGGUCUCUCAGGACAAGGAAAAAAGCAUUUGACAAGAUCAUUUCAGAGCUUGAAGAAAAAGCAUCAGCAGAUCCUAUUGAUGAGCAAGUUCUCGAGAGGUUGAAUCAUUUCGUGCAAGAGCGGGAAGCCAUUGAAAGGAAACUGUCUUCCACAUAUAACUUCAGUAGUGAUGGUCCCGAGCUGUUGUCUGACACCAUACUUCCUUUGCAUCAGGGAGAGCUGGGUCAUGGCUCCUCCUUUAGCAAAGCCAGGAGAGGGAGUAUGGCCAUAUUUGACACACUCAGUACAACUUCCUCUGAUGAAAAAGAUGGUGGUGAAAAUUGCUACGAUGGGUACAAGGGAUCAGCUGCAAAGUUGAAACAACCAUUGGAGGUUGAAAAAAUUCACUGUGAUAAUUCAUGGCGAUUGCCUCGAAUGGCAUCUGAGAGAGGCGAGCAUUGGGAGCCUACACCUAGCUCUUCAGGUUCCGCUGGAUUUACAAAUCCUUUGUUUGAUGACGAGCCCCAGUGUAGUGCAGUCAGGAGUGUCGGUUGUGAUGAACAUGAAGGGAAUGUAAUUUACCAAAGGUUGCAUGGAAAUGGCUGCUUAAAGAGGCGAAGAUCAACGAAUUCAGCUGGUUAGCUUACAUGUGCAUGAAAGCCUCACAUCUCAAUGUAAACAAUAGUUUACAAACUGGGUUGUUUUCUACUGCCAUCCCCCCACUCCCUCUCCAAACUCAAGGACAGGGUCUGGAGCUGUAUCGGUAUGAAGCGGUGGGAUUUCUGCAUGAUUC